AUGAUCAUUCCAAGAUUGAGUGAGCAUAGAGAGCAGCUGCAAAUAGAUCUGGUGGAGGCAGCCAAUAUGACAAAGAGCAAUUGCAUAUUUAGAGCUGGAUGGGUCAAAGAUCAUGAUGUCGAGCUAAAUUUCGCUGUUGUUGAUGAUAUUGAGUCAGCAACUCAAGAUGAUAUGAAGGUUCCUCCUCAUGCUGAUACAAAGGUUCCUGCUCUUGUUGAUACAAAGGUGUCGAAUCAGGAUGAUACAAAGUUGUCUAUUCAGGCUGACACAGAUGAAGGGUUCUCAGAAGAGUCGGGUGACCUUACCUGGAUCAAUAAGUAUGUCAAUCAUGGGGUAUUUAGAUUAUGGCGGGAAAAUGUAUAA